UCUUCUGAUGAUCAAUACUUGAGAGGAGAGAUGGACUAGAGUGAGAAGAAGGCUUGUCUUGUCUUCAGCUUCAUACAUAGUAGUAUAACAAUAUAAAAGAGAUAGAGAGAUAGAGAGAAGAUUUGGACUUGGCAUUGGCAAUGGAGUACGAGAGGAUAGAGAAGGUGCAGAAGAGCAUGAUCUCACCAACGAAGCUGAGAAUGAAGCUAAUGGGUCCACACAAUAACAAGAAGAAAGAAGGAUCCAGCAAUAACUCAUCAAGAACAUCUCCUGUUCGUCUUCAGGUUUCAGAUGACACAGAAUUCUCCAAGAACAGCUUGCUAGCUUCUAAGUCUGACUCAGACGACGAUGAUCAUGUGACGGCCUCAACUACUGAUAUAGGAGUAGCUAAACCACCAAAUGCACCAGCUCUGGACUUAACCGAAAACAGCAAUCAAGGUGAUACGAGAGAAACCGAUCAACCACGAACUCAGCAACUUAAAAAGUGUGACUUGACUAUCUCUCUAAGACCACAAGAAGAUGAGAAUCUUGAUUAUGACAGUAACGCUAGCUCUUCAAGCUUCGAGUUCCACGGUGGUGUUCGUGUUGAGCGUUCAAAUCAGAGCCAUGCCUCGAGAGCAUCAUACCCUUCGAGACAAGUGCCGUCCAAAUGGAGUGAUGCUGAGAAGUGGAUAUUGAGCAGACAGAACAUGGUGAUGAGGAAGAACUGUCAAGGGAACCGAAUGCCCGUGAGAGUUGUGCCUGAUAAUACAGGCUACGAGCAUAGUAAAACUAGGAUGGAUCCGUGCCAAUCCUCGCAAGCACCACAUCCAAUUCAAACUAAAGGGUAUGGUGGAAACUUGUUGAUCGAUCAAUCUACACAAAGCAAUGAUCAUGUGGAUACAACAGCUGGUCCUGUGAUUCGGUCUGUAUGUAUGAGAGAUAUGGGGACUGAAAUGACGCCAGUACCGAGUCAAGAACCAUCAAGAUCUGUCACACCAGUUGAUGCAACGACUCCUCUUCGCAGCCCUACUUCUUCUCUGCCUAAUACUCCUAGAGGAUGCAAACAAGAAGAGUCUUCUGUGUCAGGAGACCCGUCUAAGAACACAAGAAGAGACUUAUCCGAAGAGGAAAUGAAAGCGAAGACGAGAAGAGAGAUUGUAGCUCUCGGUGUUCAGCUUGGGAAGACCAACAUCGCCGCCUGGGCGAGUAAAGAGGAAGAGGAGGACAACAAUAACAAUGUAGAUGCAGAGGAGACACAGAGGAUUGAGUUUGAUAAACGAGCGGCUGCUUGGGAAGAAGCAGAGAAAUCAAAACAUAACGCAAGGUAUAAGCGUGAGGAGAUCAGAAUCCAAGCGUGGGAGAGUCAGGAGAAAGCCAAACUUGAAGCAGAGAUGCGACGUAUUGAGGCUAAAGUGGAGCAGAUGAAAGCUGAAGCUGAAGCAAAGAUAGUGAAGAAAAUAGCAAUGGCUAAGCAAAGGUCAGAAGAGAAACGUGCUGCUGCAGAAGCUAGAAAGGCCCGUGACGCCGAGAAGGCAGCAGCUGAAGUUGAAUAUAUCAGGGAAACGGGUCAAAUACCGGCUUCAGGUUACAAGAUAUGUUGUAGUUGGCUCUCGUGAGCAUGCUUUUUGUCUCUAUUUGAGUAAACCAGGAUUGGAUUCUCAGAAUCCCUUUGUGUGAUAUAUAAUGCAUUUGUGUUUCAUAGGUUUCAAAAGAUAAUGGAAAGAUUGUGUCUUACGUUAGGGA